AUGGACAACAUCACGCACAACUCGAGCAGCAGCAGCUCAUGGGAUUUGGACAUGAGCCUCGGCAGCCACCACCACCCGCUCCUCUUCGACAGCCACCCCAACCCAGGGCCACCGCCGCCGCCGCCAUUACCCUUCCACCUCUCCUCCCAUCCUGCACACCACCACCCUCCGCCGCAUCCUCACCACCACCACCAUCCCGGCUUGGAUCCUUCGCCGUCUUCCUCCCAGUUCCCACCGCACCACCACCACCACCAGCUCCACCACCUCGGCCUUGACCUCGACCCCUCCUCCCAUUCCCACGGCCACCACCGGCACCACGAGUACGGCGGCGGCCACGGCGAGCACCAGGAGCCCGGCGGCGGCGGGCACGAGCAUCAGGAGGAGCUGAGGCAGCAGCAGCAGCACGAGGCGGGCGGCGGCGGCGGCGGGCAGGAGGACCGCGGCGGCAGCGCCGCCGAGGACGUGGAGGAGGAGCUCGGCGCCAUGAAGGAGAUGAUGUACCGGAUCGCUGCCAUGCAGCCGGUGGACAUCGACCCGGCCACCAUCAAGAAGCCCCGGCGCCGCAACGUGCGCAUCAGCGAGGACCCGCAGAGCGUGGCGGCGCGGCACCGGCGCGAGCGGAUCAGCGAGCGCAUCCGCAUCCUGCAGCGCCUCGUCCCCGGCGGCACCAAGAUGGACACCGCCUCCAUGCUCAACGAGGCCAUCCGCUACAUCAAGUUCCUCAAGCGCCAGGUGCAGGAGCUCCAGCACCAGCCGCCGCCGACGCAGCAGCAGUACCCGGCGUCCGCCGGAGCCGGGCCCAGCACCUCAGUCGUGGGCGUGGCGGCGCCAGGGCGACCCGGCGGCGGGCCCCCGUUCCUGCCGCUGGGUCCAGGGCCACUUAUUGACUGGGCCGGGCUCGUCAGGCCCGUCGACAUCCACGGGCCGACGUCGUCUUCGUCCUCGUCGUCGAUGGGCGGUGCCCAUGCCGCCCUAGGCUUCGGCUUCAGCAGCGCCGGCGGCCAGAGCAGCCAUGGAAUGCACUGA